AUGGCGGACACCAGUAACAGUACCGCACAAUCACCUGGAUUUACAGAUAAAUUAAAAUCAUGGCUUUCUUGGUCAUGGACGUACAUAUGGGCUAUUUGGUUCGCCAUGGUCCUAGUUCUGAUCUACGUGCUUCGGAGCCCACUGAAGCUCCAGGAAACUCUGGCCACAGCUUCUGUCUUCCUGAAUACACUGACGCCUAAAUUUUAUGUGGCACUUACUGGGACCUCGUCGCUAAUUUCUGGCCUCAUUUUGAUAUUUGAAUGGUGGUACUUCCGGAAGUACGGUACUUCAUUCAUUGAACAGGUGUCUGUGAGUCACUUGCGCCCUCUGCUGGGUGGCGUGGAGAACAGUAGUUCAGCCGGUCUGUUCUCUUCUGUCAACGGAGAUGCUGAACCAAGACCCAGCGUGUCAGAGUGCAAAGUGUGGAGGAACCCAUUAAAUUUAUUCAGAGGGUCAGAAUACAGCAGGUAUACGUGGGUGACAGGAAAAGAGCCGUUGACAUAUUACGACAUGAAUCUGUCAGCACAGGACCACCAGACCUUCUUCACCUGCGACACACAGCAGCUCAAGCCCGAGGACGCCGUGAUGCAGAAGGCAUGGAGGGAGAGAAACCCACAAGCCCGGAUCAAAGCUGCAUAUCAGGCCAUUGAGCUGAACAACGAGUGUGCCACGGCCUACGUGCUCCUGGCCGAGGAGGAGGCUACCACCAUUACAGAAGCAGAGCGUCUCUUCAAACAGGCCCUCCGGAGCGCUGGCAAAGACACCAAUGUGCUGGUCUACAUCAAGCGCAGAUUAGCCAUGUGCGCACGCAAGCUGGGCCGAAUCAAAGAGGCCGUCAAAAUGAUGAGAGACCUAAUGAAGGAAUUCCCUCUCCUGGGAAUGUUAAACAUUCACGAAAACCUCCUGGAGGCCCUCCUGGAGAUGCAGGCAUACGCCGACGUGCAAGCUGUGCUCGCCAAAUACGACGAUAUUAGCCUGCCAAAGUCUGCCACUAUAUGCUACACAUCGGCCCUGCUCAAAGCGCGGGCCGUAUCAGACAAGUUCUCGCCAGAAGCGGCGUCGAGGCGGGGCCUGAGCACGGCGGAGAUGAACGCCGUGGAGGCCAUACACAGAGCCGUGGAGUUCAACCCUCACGUGCCCAAGUAUUUAUUAGAAAUGAAGAGCCUGAUCCUGCCGCCAGAGCACAUUCUGAAGCGGGGGGACAGCGAGGCUGUGGCCUACGCCUUCUUCCACCUGCAGCACUGGAAAAGGGUGGAGGGGGCCCUCAACCUGCUGCACUGCACCUGGGAGGGAACCUUCCGGAUGAUUCCGUACCCAUUAGAAAAGGGACACCUGUUUUAUCCAUACCCUGGCUGCACAGAGACAGCAGACAGGGAGCUGCUGCCCUCGUUCCAUGAAGUGUCGGUGUACCCGAAAAAGGAGCUGCCCUUCUUCAUCCUGUUCACCGCGGGGCUGUGCUCCUUCACGGCCAUGCUGGCCAUGCUCACGCACCAGUUCCCCGAGCUCAUGGGCGUCUUCGCCAAAGCCUUCUUCAGCACCCUCUUUGCACCCCUGGGCUUCGUCAUGGACAAGAUGGAGAGCUUCAUGCCUUCUAGCUUCUGGCAUCAGCUGACUCGAAUCUGACCCGCCCCCUCCCCAGACAACCUCCGCCCCAAUGCAUUCUGGGACCCCCCGCCCGCCCUCGGACACGUAAAAGGUUCCCACUUCUGUCUUCCCCAGCGACAUCGUGCCCCCUGCUGCCUCAACGCCCCGCAUCUGCCCGAAAGGACCCAUGUGUACCCAUAUCCCACGGGACCCGCUAUCCCACCAGAAACAGCACACGGGCCUCCUCAAGACACGACAGCAGACAAUCUCAUUGUGUCUGAUUUUUAAGUCAGAUUUACUGUAGCAUUCCGAGAGGGAGGGAGCAAUCGUUCAUAAAAUUCAGGUAUUGCAGUUACGUUAUAUUUCAAAAUCCUCGGGAAAGUCACAACUAACAAACGCCUAAAGAAUGGCUUAAAGAAUUGAGUCGUUUUAGUGCACUUCGGAGUAAACGUAUUUGGAGUGUGUAGAAACUCGCAAACGCUCCCUCGGUAGUUUGGAUUGACAUUGCGUCGGUGUGGGAAUCAGAUUCUCGGCCCGUAAUAUCUGAGGACUUUAGGUCCCUGUGUGGCCCAGUGGCGCUGUACCGUACCGUAGCGUGGCGUAGGGGAGCUGAACGCCGCUGUGUCCGACAGAACGACAGUAGCAAACGCCCACGCGCGGAACCUUCCAGAGCGGAUUAGGCGAGCGUGGGUGAUUUAGCGUGCCUCCAUAAGCCAGAGCCGUCGUAGCUAUCAGCAGUCAGUAUAUAAAAGGAAGAAGGGCUCGUUAAAUUCCUUUUCUUUUUGUCUUCCUCUGAAUGCGUCACGUCCUUUGUAUACUGAUACCGGACUCACAACGUAAGAAUGCACAAGAUUAAAUUACGGGCAUUUAGCAGACACUUUUAUCCAAGCAGAACUUUGUUUUUUUAAAUAGUGUCCACUUAUACAGUAUUCUCAACCAAUUCAGGUUAAGGUAUUUGCUCAAGGCUAUGACAGCAUUGUCCUACCUGGGAAUUGUACGUACAGCCUUGCGGUGCAGUUCCUUACCCAUCGCACUACACUACACUACAUCAUAAGUGUUCAGCUAUCAUUGAAACGACGGUGCUUUUUUUCCGUAACAUGGAAAACAUGAAGAUAACAGGACUUAUGCACUCUCAGUUUAUCUUCCGAUAAUUUCAAUGUGCCACCUUGUUCUGCAGUAUACUUUUUACAUCUUAGCUCUGCCCUCCCCGCCUCUCAAAAGAAACAGCAGUGGAUCAUUAAAAUGUAAAAUUGAACGGGUAGGUCCACAUGCUGUGGUCAUUAAUUGGUAUGUUUGAAAAUGUGAAUGUAGUAAUAUAAUAUGAUGAAGUUGUCAUCUUUAGUGAAUAUCUCCAAGUAUCUCCACCAAUUUUCAGUUUUGCGAAACCUCACUCUCGAAAAGGUCAGGAGGAUAGUGAGAGACUGAUGGCGGGGAUUGAGGGUGUGCCCGCACUUGUAUGUGUGUGUGUGUGUGUGGGUGGGUGUGCAUUUAUCUGUGGAUGUGUGUAUUUGCAUGUGUGUGCUAGUGUGUGUAUGCGUGUGGGUGCGCAUUUGUGUCCGUGUGUGUUGUGUGUGUGUGUAUAUGCCUGUGUAUGUGUUUGUGUGUGUGUGUGUGUGAGUGUGUGCGCGUGCGUAUAUGCCUGUGUGUGUGAAUUUACAUGUGUGAAAAUUUGUGUGUGUGUGUGUGUAUGUAUGUGUGUGUGUGUCUGUUUGUGUGUGUGUGUGUGUGUGUGUGUGUGUGUGUGUGUGUGUGUGUGUGUGAAUUUGCAUGUGUCAUGUUGGUUCAUAUCUGUCAUGGCCGCAACAUUGUCUGUCUGCUUGCGCCUUCCUCCUUCCUCCUUCCUCCCCCUCCGUCUCUCCAUCCUCCUGUCCCUGACCUGUGUUCAUUCUGCCUCUGUGAAAUACUGGUGUCGUGGGGACCGAGGGGCUUGCGGGGUCUUUCUCUUGAUUUACGUGCGAAUUACCAGUAAAAAAUGUUUUUGUUUUGGAAGCGCCGUUGUUCUGUGAUGUCGGGCCAGAGCAGGGUUGGGAUGAGGGCUCUGCGUUUCGGCGGAACGAGCCGGAACGAGCCGGAAUGCCCACCCUGCCGAUUCGUGCCGGCCCCUUAAUCAUCAGCCGCCGCCGGCCGGCCGUUUGUUUCGUGAGCCCUGAGAAAAACACCAUGCUGAUUUACAGUCUCCACUGCGGGUCCAUAUACACUGCUCUGCGUGUGUGUGUUUGUGUGU